AUGCAGCGAAAUCCGUACGGAAACAUGCCUCCGGCGAACUCUCCACCGCUUCAUCAUCCAGUUCCUCAGCAUGUUUCCACAGUCCCUCAAUUAAGGUCGCCUCCUCCCCCGGUACCUCUACAGCAACAGCAAUCUUAUGGCAACCCGUACCAAGCACAAGGAGGGAAUAAUGGCUUUGGCGCAUAUGGAGGGUUCAUCAAUGAUCCAACGGCGCAGAUGGGGUUCCAGGUUGGACAAACCGCAUUGAAACAUGGCUCAGAAUACGUGGAGGCAAAUUUUAAUCGAUACGUCAACGUCUCGGCGUUGAAGCAUUAUUUCAAUGUUUCAAACUCAUAUGUUGUCAACAAACUAUUUCUCGUCUUAUUUCCCUGGAGGCACAAGCCAUGGUCUCGAAAACAGUCUAUUGGGCCAAACGGUCAGGAGGGGUGGUUCUUACCACCAAGGGACGACUUGAACAGUCCGGACAUGUACAUCCCUGUUAUGGCAUUGGUGACAUAUAUCCUUUUGUCGACACUGCUCGCAGGUCUGCGAGGCGCAUUUCAGCCAGAGCUAUUAGGAUAUACGGCGACAUGGGCAUUCUUUAUCGUCUUUAUUGAAAUUCUCGGGCUUAAGCUCGGAUGUUAUCUUCUGUCUAUAUCAAAUGAGUCUCAGCUACUGGACCUGGUCGCAUACUCGGGGUACAAAUUUGUGGGGGUCAUUGUCACUUUGGUGACCAGUGAGAUUGUGAAUCGUGGAAAGGGAACAGGUGGAUGGAUUGGAUGGACAAUCUUUGGCUACUGCUUUUUAGCCAAUGCUUUAUUCCUUCUACGAUCUCUUAAAUACGUCCUACUCCCAGAAAACACCACCGACGAGCGUGGUACAAUGCAGACCGUUGCUCGAUCCCAAAAAAGCCGAAGGACUCAGUUUCUAUUCCUAUACUCAUACCCUGUACAGCUGGUUUUCAUGUGGGCUCUUACCACGGUUUAA